AUGGCCAAUUUCUUCAGCAGAUCACCCAAGCAUCUGAAUGUUAUUGACAUUGAAAAUGUCUCACAGUCGAUGGAAAACAUCUCCCUAAGCAACAAUAACCACAACAAUACUUCCUCCAUGGACAUAGAUACGUCGUUUAAUCCAUAUUACAGCCAGGUGCCCGUGCCACCGUUGAAGAACUUGAAUACCUUCAACAAGGAGAACAUCACACCCAACUCUUCCCCCACCAAAUCGAUAUUGCACAACUCUCAGUUCAACAGCCCUGCUCCAAGGACUCCUGUUAACGACAGGUUUGGCAAGGGGGUGCAAGAAACGCAGCAUCUUCAGCACCAAUACCAACAGCAGUUCCAGCAACAACUUCAACAGUACGGAUCUCCUUCGCGCCAGAAGCUCGAUGAGGAAUUCUACCGCAAGGCCAAUUCUCCUAAAACGAAGAGGUUGACCUCCGUUGCUCAAUUGUAUUUCUUAGACUACUACUGUGACAUGUUUGACUACGUCAUUUCGAGAAGAGAAAGAACCAAGCUCGUGCAGCACCAAUUGCUUACAGACCCUGAGUUCACCAGCAACCCUCAAAAGCAGCAGCUUGAAUGGAAGUCCUAUAUCGGAAGAGAAAGAGCGUUGCUUCGUAAGAGAAGAUUGAAGCCUAAGCAUAGAGACUUCCAGAUGAUCACACAGGUGGGACAAGGUGGAUACGGGCAAGUUUUCCUCGCCAGAAAGAAAGAUACCAGGGAGAUUUGUGCUUUGAAAAUAUUGAAUAAGAAAUUAUUGGUUAAAUUGGAUGAAACCAGACAUGUCUUGACUGAGAGAGAUAUCUUGACUAAUACAAGACUGGAAUGGCUAGUCAGAUUGCUAUAUGCCUUCCAGGACCCCGAGAAGGUGUUCUUGGCGAUGGAGUUUGUUCCUGGAGGUGAUUUUAGGACCUUGCUCAACAAUACUGGGUACUUGAUCCCUCCUCAUGCGAGAUUCUACAUAGGUGAAAUGUUUGCCGCAGUCAAUUCCUUGCAUGAAUUGGGAUUCACCCAUAGAGAUUUGAAGCCUGAGAACUUUUUAAUUGACUCCAAGGGACAUAUCAAGUUGACUGAUUUCGGAUUGGCAGCUGGUACCGUUUCCAAUGAAAGAAUUGAAAGCAUGAGAAUAAAAUUGCAGAACUUGGAAGAUUUAGAUAACUAUAAAGUGCCCCUGAUUUCCAUGGUUGAAAGACAGAAGAUUUUCAGACAAUCUCAACAAGGCUCCUCUUCUGUUGGUGGGGGAGGACAUCGUAAUUUGGCAAACUCUAUUGUAGGAUCGCCUGAUUACAUGGCAUUGGAAGUGUUAGAAGGUAAGAAUUACGAUUAUACUAUAGACUACUGGUCACUUGGAUGUAUGUUGUUCGAAGCUUUGUGUGGAUACCCUCCAUUUUCAGGAUCCAAACAAGACGAGACUUAUUAUAACUUGAAGAAUUGGAAGACUGCAUUGAGAAGACCUCAGACUAAAGAUGGAAGAUUUGUCUUCAGUGACAGGACUUGGAUCUUGAUCACUAAGCUUAUUGCAUCUCCUGCUACGAGAUUAAGGAGCUUUAAACAAGUACAAAAUAUGUCAUAUUUCAACGACGUGACUGAUUGGAGCCAGAUAAGGGAAAAGACUCCACCAUUCACACCUCAAUUAGACAAUGAGGAGGAUGCAGGUUACUUUGACGAUUUUGAAGACGAAGAGAGUAUGCAAAAGUACAAGGAUGUGUUUGCAAGACAAGAACACAAUGAACUGUUGUUGGAUAAGGCGGGUGGAAAGGGUGCUGGGGCUAACAACUUUAUAGGGUUUACAUUCAAGCAUAAAUUGAAUCCAAAUAACAAGUUACAUGGCGAGAUUAAUUUGUUAAACCAAGGAAGUAACAGGUUAGAUCCUUUGGCUACGUUGUAUUAG